AUGAACUUUUAUAUUACUUGCCUUGUAGCAUCAUUGCAUGCAAGUGGCCUUCUGAAACGGCCGACUGGCAGUUACGAUUAUUCUUCGACUUAUUCCCAAGUCCCCACGGGGGGGGGGGGGGGGGGGGGGGGGGGGGGGGGGGGGGGGGGGGGGGGGGGGGGGGGGGGGGGGGGGGGGGGGGGGGGGGGGGGGGGGGGGGGGGGGGGGGGGGGGGGGGGGGGUGGGGGGGGGGGGGGGGGGGGGGGACGGUAG